AUGGAUCCGUGCCCCUUCGUGCGAGUCCUGGUGGGCAACGUGGCCCUCAAGGUCCUGGGGGCCUCCAAGCCGGCGCGUGCCGGCGUGCACCCGUCGUCUUCCCCGUGCUACUGCAAAGUCCGGCUGGGCCGCUUGCCCUGCCAGACGGCGGCCGUACCACUGAUCCAGCCGGAGAGCGCCUUCCCGGAGGAGCAGUCGCUAGCCCUUGCCGUCGUGUUCCACCUGAGCCGGGCCGACCUCCAGGCCCUCGCCGGCAAGUCGCUGUUCGCUGGCGGCCGGCCCUGCCUGAGGGUCUCCGUAUACAAGGGCCGGAGGGGCGCCACCUGCGGGGUGAGCUCCGGCCGGCUGCUGGGGCGGGUGGCGGUGCCGCUCGACCUCAAGGGCGCGGAGGCGCGGCCCUGCGUCUUCCACAACGGGUGGGUCUCCAUGGGGAAGGAGGAGAAGAAGGAAGGUGGCGGCAAGGGCAGCAGCCCUUCGUCGCUGAUGCACCUGACUGUGCGCGCCGACCCGGACCCUCGCUUCGUCUUCGAGUUCGGCGGCGAGCCGGAGACCAGCCCGCAGGUCUUCCAGAUGCAGGGCAGCAUCCGGCAGCCCGUCUUCACCUGCAAGUUCUCCUGCCGCAGCUCUGGCGACCGUAACCGUAGAUCCAGGUAACCCACUCCACCAUUCUCUCCAUCUCCUUCUUCGAUUCGAACUCAGGACUGAUCAGGAUUUUCUUUCUUUCAGAUCACUGCAACUGGAGAAGACGAGCUCCACUAGGAAGUGGCUGGGAUCCUUCGGGUCGGAUAGGGAGCGGCCGGGGAAGGAGCGAAAGGGAUGGUCCGUGACCAUUCACGACCUCUCCGGCUCUCCGGUGGCGCUGGCCUCCAUGGUCACCCCCUUCGUCGCAUCCCCCGGCACGGACAGGGUGAGCUGCUCCAACCCCGGCGCAUGGCUCGUGCUCCGGCCCGGCGGCGGCACCUGGAAGCCGUGGGGGCGCCUCGAAGCCUGGCGCGAGCGCGGCGGCGCCGGUGACGGCGACGAUCUUGGGUACCGGUUCGAGCUCCUCCCCGACGCCUCCGUGCGCGGCGGCGGCGCCGGUCUGGUCCUCGCCGAGUCCACCCUCAGCGCCUCCAAGGGCGGGACCUUCGCCAUCGACCUCACCGGGAACGACGCGUUCCUCUCACCGCCGCCGCGGGAGACCCCUCGCCGGAGCUGGGACCUGGGGCUCGGCCUGUACCCAUUCAGCGGCAACAGAGGGUUCGUCAUGUCCUCGACGGUGAGCGGGCGGGGGAAGAAGCAAGGCCGGACGGCGGUGGAGGUCAGCGCGCAGCAGGUCGUUUGCACGGAGGACGCGGCGGCGUUUGUGGCCCUCGCGGCGGCGAUCGACCUCAGCAUGGACGCCUGCCAGCUCUUCUCCCACAGGCUCAAGAAGGAGCUGCUGUCCCAGUCGCGGGACUCGCUGCCAUGA